AUGGCUUCGGGACACAACCACACACCCUCAUCUGGCGAGACGGCAACGACCUCAUGGCAGCCUCCCGACGACCAGCUCCGCAGGGAUCGCCAACUGGUGAAUGAGCAUUCCUCCAGGCAAAGUAUGUCGUCCAUCUCGUCUGAUUGGGACUCUACCGAAGACUCGCCAGUGGGAAGAACCGAAUCAAAAUAUAUGCCUCUCCAGGCUGCACCGUCAGCUGAAGGCCCACGACCUGGACUUCAACGACGCAAAAGCAUUCAGACUGAGGAGGACCUGUUCAGAGCUCUAUCUCGUCGACGUACAAGUGCUUCUGGAAAGUCGGACGCCGCACUCCAAGAGGAGCACGACGAGAUUGAACGCUUGAUGUCUCGAAUGUUUGGAAAGGCACGACGGGACCAGUCAGAAGAGGAACACACUCGCCAUAGCGGCGUCAUCUUCCGAAACUUGACUGUCAAAGGUGUCGGCCUGGGCGCACGUCUUCAACCCACCGUGGGCGACAUCUUCUUAGGUCUUCCGCGAAAGGUGAAAAUGCUCUUUACCAAAGGCGCAAGAGCAGCGGUGGGUACGCCACCAGUUCGAGAGCUUCUCAGCAAUUUUGACGGAUGUGUCCGACCUGGUGAGAUGCUUUUAGUCCUCGGGAGACCAGGAUCGGGCUGUUCCACCUUUCUCAAGGCCUUCUGCAACCAGCGAGAAGGCUUCCAGGCUGUGGAAGGAGAAGUGACCUAUGGUGGCACAGAUGCCAAAAGCAUGAAACGAGAUUUUCGCGGCGAGGUCAUUUACAAUCCGGAAGACGACCUCCAUUAUGCGGCACUCACGGUCAAGCGAACGUUGAUGUUUGCACUACAAACCCGAACGCCAGGGAAGGAGUCCAGACUUGAAGGAGAGUCACGUGCCGACUACAUGAAAGAAUUCAUGCGUGUCGUCACCAAACUUUUCUGGAUCGAACAUACUCUGGGAACCAAAGUCGGCGACGCAUUUGUUCGAGGAGUAUCUGGUGGUGAACGAAAGCGAGUCAGUAUAGCGGAGGCGAUGAUCACCCGGGCGUCUAUUCAAGGCUGGGACAAUUCGAGCCGUGGUCUUGACGCCAGUACCGCCUUGGAAUAUGUCCAAUCCAUUCGGACUCUGACCAACAUGGCCCAUACCUCAACGGCAGUUUCCUUGUACCAAGCGGGAGAGUCCCUCUAUGAACUCGUCGACAAGGUGCUUCUUAUUGAUCACGGAAAAUGCCUCUACUAUGGCUCGGCCGACCAUGCUAAACAAUAUUUCCUUGACUUGGGCUUCGACUGUCCGGAACGGUGGACCACGGCAGAUUUCCUUACCUCCGUCACGGAUGAGCAUGCGAGAUCGGUCCGACAAGGUUGGGAAGACCGAAUUCCCCGGAAUGCGGAUGAAUUUGCAGCCUUAUACCGCCAGAGUGAUGCGUAUCAACGAAAUCUUGAAGAUGUUCAAGAAUUCGAGUCACACCUAGAGGAACAACGGAGAAUCCGGGAGGAAAAUAGAUCCGAAAAGAACAAGAGGAGAAACUAUACUAUUCCGUUCCACAAGCAGGUGAUAGCUUGCACUCAACGUCAAUUCUUGGUAAUGACAGGAGAUCGAGCCUCGUUGGUGGGAAAAUGGGGAGGUCUUCACGCGCUCACCAUUGUGCAGGGCCUCAUUGUCGGAAGUUUGUUCUAUCAGAUGCCUAAAACGGCCGCCGGAGCAUUCCCUCGCGGAGGCGCCAUUUUCCUCCUGCUCCUCUUCAAUGCACUGCUGGCAUUGGCUGAAAUGACUGCUGCAUUCUCCUCGAAGCCAAUUCUCCUGAAGCAUAAGUCAUUUUCCUUCUAUCGUCCUGCAGCCUACGCUAUUGCCCAAACCGUUGUCGACGUACCCCUGAUAUUCAUCCAGAUCAUGCUGUUCAAUACUCUCAUCUACUGGAUGGGUGGUCUCGCACCCACAGCCUCUCAGUUCUUCAUUUCAUGUCUGGUAUUAUGGAUGUGUACCAUGGUCACAUACUCUUUUUUCAGGGCUAUUCCAGCCUUGUGUAGAACUCUUGAUGACGCAACUCGGUUUACUGGAGUGUGUAUUCAGAUCUUAGUGGUCUAUACCGGCUAUCUCAUUCCGCCGACUCAGAUGAAGCCAUGGUUUAGUUGGCUGAGGCGAAUUAAUUGGCUCGCCUUCGGCUUUGAGGGCCUCAUGGCGAACGAAUUUACGGGCCUGACUUUGGACUGUGUUCCACCAUACCUUGUCCCGCAAGGACCUCAUGCCCAGCCUCAGUACCAAUCCUGCACCCUGGCUGGCAGUCAGCCUGGCGACACUUUUGUCGACGGUGCUCAGUAUAUUCAAACCGCUUUCGAAUACACCCGUGCCCAUCUCUGGCGCAAUUUUGGUUUGUUGUGGGCUUUCUUCAUCUUCUUCCUCGCCCUGACCGCCUUUGGCAUGGAGAGAAUGAAACCCAAUUCAGGAGGAGGCGCGAUCACGGUCUUCAAACGCGGUCAAGGCCCCAAGCAGGUUGAGGAAUCCAUUGCCACCGGUAGACACGAGAAAAAUCCCAAGAGGGAUGAGGAAGCAGCUGCCGUUGGUAGUGAUACACUAAUUGGAGAGAAAACGACAAUCCCCGACAAUGAAACCAGUGAUUCGACGAGCACGAAACAGGACGAAUCGGCAGUGAAGCAAGUAGCGAAGAACGAAACGAUCUACACAUUCCGCAAUUUGAAUUAUGUGAUCCCGUACGAGAAAGGAGAGCGAAAGCUGCUCCAAAAUGUUCAAGGUUAUGUCCGACCCGGCAAACUUACAGCAUUGAUGGGAGCCAGUGGUGCGGGCAAGACGACGCUUCUCAACGCCCUGGCCCAACGGAUCAACUUCGGCACCGUGACGGGCGAGUUUCUUGUAGACGGUCGCCCGUUGCCAAAAUCGUUCCAACGUGCGACCGGGUUUGCGGAGCAGAUGGACGUCCACGAGCCUACAUCCACAGUAAGAGAGGCCCUGCGCUUUUCAGCCCUUCUCAGACAGCCCAGAGAAGUUCCAAUUGAAGAUAAAUACGCCUACUGCGAGACCGUCAUCGACUUGCUGGAGAUGCGAGAUAUCGCUGGCGCUACGAUUGGAAAGAUCGGAGAGGGGUUAAAUCAAGAACAGCGAAAGAGACUGACUAUUGGCGUCGAACUGGCGAGUAAACCUGAAUUACUCAUGUUCUUGGACGAACCAACAUCCGGUCUGGACUCGGGCGCUGCAGUCAACAUUGUCCGUUUUCUUCGAAAACUGGCAGACGCGGGUCAAGCGAUUCUUUGCACUAUCCACCAGCCUUCUGCUGUUCUGUUUGAACACUUUGAUGAGCUUAUCCUCCUCAAAUCUGGUGGACGUGUUGUGUACCAUGGACCCCUGGGUCAUGACUUCCAGGAGCUGAUUCGGUAUUUUGAGGAGAAUGGAGGACGAAAGUGUCCUCCCCGGGCCAAUCCCGCGGAAUACAUGCUCGAGGUGAUCGGAGCAGGCGAUCCGAAUUACAAGGGCAAAGAUUGGGGAGAUGUGUGGGAGCAGAGCAAAACCCACGACGCACGAUCCGAUGAAAUCGCCGAAAUGAUUGAACGGAGGAGGAAUGUUGAACAGAGCCGGAACCUCAAGGAUGACAGGGAGUACGCCAUGCCACUUGGAAUUCAGACAAUGGCUGUCGUCAAGAGGUCGUUUGCAGCAUACUGGCGUACGCCCAGUUAUAUCAUCGGCAAACUCGUGCUCCAUAUCACGACCGGUCUCUUCACGACUUUCACCUUUUACCAUCUCGGCUACGCCUCAAUUGACUUCCAGUCUAGACUUUUUGCAUGUUUCCUGACGCUCACCAUCUCUCCUCCGCUUAUUCAGCAGCUCCAGCCCGUCUUCAUUAAUUCACGCGACAUCUUCCAAUCAAGAGAAAACAACGCCAAAAUCUACAGCUGGUUCGCGUGGACGACGGGGGCAGUACUGGUCGAAAUUCCCUAUGCCCUCGUCGCUGGAGUGAUAUACUACAAUUGUUGGUGGUGGGCAAUAGUCGGCUAUAGGUCUUCGACGACCACUUUCACCUCUGGCUUCCUACUGUUGUGUAUCCUCUUCUUCGAGCUAUACUACGUCAGCUUUGGUCAAGCAAUCGCGUCAUUUUCACCCAACGCACUUCUGGCCAGUCUCCUGGUACCCGUGUUCUUCCUUUUCGUGGUUAGUUUUUGCGGCGUCGUCGUGCCGCCAGCACAACUGCCACAAUUCUGGCGCUCUUGGAUGUAUUGGCUUACUCCUUUUCAUUACUUGCUUGAGAUGAUCUUAGGGGCCAUCAUCCACAAUCAGCCCGUCCAGUGCAACCGAAGUGAAUUCGCUCGAUUCAGUGCACCCCCUGGCCAAACUUGCCAGUCUUAUACCCAAAACUUCAUCAGCCAAGCCGGCGGCUAUGUCCAAGUUGCCUCGGAUGGGCUUUGCGAGUUCUGCCAGUACGCGACCGGCGAUCAGUUCGGCCGGGGCUUCAGCGUUUACUACUCGCAUAUUUGGCGGGAUUUUGGAAUAUUUUGUGCCUUCAUUUUGUUCAACUAUGCCGUGGUAUAUUUCGCAACGUGGCUAAGGUUCAACGGGAAGAAUCCUUUAAAGAAGGUCUUGAUAAAGAGAGGAGGCGUUCAAUAA